GCCUGUUCUUCGUGUUCGUCGUUGUUCAAGGUUAGUGUUCAUCACGAUCUUCCUCACUUUUCAUAUUUUGCUUCCUAGGCUAGUGAUCUAGUGUUAGGUGUUUGAACACCCUUAGAUCUUAAGUUAGUCUCCUUAGGCCCGUAGUAGUAGUUAUGAAGAGCUUGAACGAAGACUACUACCCCUACGACGAUCAGCCCUCCACGAGGUCGCUUGACUACGUGGUGCUCGAGGAGUUCGAAGAGGAGAUAGAGCGUUUAAGUCCCUACAAAUCCGGAGAGCCGGUGGACGAGGAAGGCGAGGACGAGGAGUCCGCCUCCUCUUCAAAGGGUGAGGACGUAGGUGCGUCCCGAGUGGUGGACGGGGCGUCCACUUCUGCUGUCAUUCCGUGCCCGAGGCCGGUGUCUGCCGUGAAGGGAGCAGCUAAGCCGAAGAGGGUGAGGAGGCCGAAGAAUGGGCCGGGCCUCUCCUAUCUGGACCUCACCAACAUAUUCCUGAUCAAGCCGGAGAGCAGUGCGGCCGACUAUCUUGUCGCUCAGAUGUACGUGGGGCCGUUCUGGCGGGUUAGGGCACCCAGGCCGACGGACCAUGUUCUACUUCCGCCACCGGGAUACUUUGGAGUAUACCCGAUGAGUUUUGCUAAGGGGUUGAGGUUUCCCCUUCACCCUUUCAUCAUUGAGUAUCUGGACAUGGUGGGGCUUCCUCCGGCCUUGCUGACGCCGAAAAGUUAUUCCUUGAUGGUGGGCUUUUUACUUCGGUGUGAGGAGCUGGGCUACAGGCCGACAACGGCCUUAUUCAUGAAUUUGUACGAGAUCGGCCGAGGAAGCCACAAGAACUGUGCGGCCUAUGCUACUCUUCAACAGCUGCCGAAGAAGAGGAGCUUCACGGAUUUGCCUACGUCCAUUCAUGGGUGGAAGAGCAAGUUCAUGUUUGUGUCCAUUGGUGAAAGUGGCACCGAGUUCCCUUCUCUCGGCCAUACCGGGAGGUUCAAUCUCCAUGACCCGCCGAAGAGCUCUAUCUUGGAUGCUCAGGUGGAGGCUUUCCUGGAAGGGGGGCCGAGGAGCGUGAAGGAUUACGUUACCGAAUACAAGAUGACCGCCCUCGGCUUCUUCAGAUACCACCUAUAUGGAGAUAAGGAGGAUGACCUCCAACUCUGGCCGAGGAUGACCACCACAUUUGAAGAGGCCGACGGCCCGGAUUUGGGCAUCCCUGCUGAGGCCGAUGAUUUUGCCAUGGACCGACGUUCCAUAAUGGCUAUUGCCAAGGCCAAAGCGGCCGAGGAGCUGGCUGCUAAGGCGGCCGAGGCGGCCAGACGUGCCGCGGCCGGUGGGAGCGGGGCUACUGCUGAUGCGGCCCCAAAGCCUGCUCCAUCGAAGAAGAAAAGGCCGGCCACUGACGGCCAGAAAAAG